UAAAAGAGAAGUUCAGCAUUCCUCUGCGUUUUGGAAGAGAUGUGUUUUCAUUUUACACCCGUGAAGGAGGAACAUAUACAGUCGUUUCCACAAAGCGAGGUCUUUCAUCAUCAUUAAUUGCUGUUAUAAUAAUUGCUUGACAAUGGCGAAUGGUCAUCAUUACGAGUCUGGCGUGCCGAUUGUGAAAUCGAAAGGAACACCGAAUUCGGUGAUUUGUGUCGUACUCGUCAUCGUGCUCAUAAUCAUUGCCGCUCUCGUUGGCAUCGCGAUGCACAUCUAUACCUUAGAGCUUUCCAGACAAGGUGGCAAAGGUAUGGUCAAUAAGACGGUUACCACGGAAACGCCGGAGUCGAUGACCACGACUACCACUAUGCCAAUGACUACCCCCGAACAGAUGACCACCUCAUCUAUGGAUACCACAGUGGAUAUUACCACUCCAGAGCCUUGCUUGAUGCCAGAGAAUGUUUCCGUUGAGGAAUUUGACCUGGUGGUCGGUGAGGUACUAAAUGUGACGUCACCAUGUUUCCCCUCCGAGGACGACCUUCCUCCCGGCACGACCAUGGUGUUCAACGCUCCGGACGGAUACAGGGUCAAGAUCUCCUUCAGCGAGUUCAGAUUCGAACCAUAUGGACUGAAUCGAAUAUGGUUAGGUAACGGUGACGUUCCGAGGUCCUCCGAAGGGUUCAUAGGAUUCUUCCAAGGCUACAAUCUCCCGCCCGACUUGGUGUCUGCUGAUAGCACUAUGUGGUUGGUGAUGUUUUCUCCUUAUGAUUACAUGAAUGCUGCAUUUGAAGCCGAGGUAUCGGCCGUCACCGAUCAAGACGCCCAAAUAAACUGCACAGGUACAUCUCAACAAUGUCGGUAUGCUUUGAUGUGUUUCACUGAAGAAGAAGUGUGUAGUGGAGAGUCUGAUUGUCCAAGUGGAACCGACGAAAUUGGAUGUGAUUGUUUGGAUGCCCGAGAUAUCAAAUGUCCAGAUGGACAAUGUAUCCGACGUGACCAAAUGUGUGACGAGUUUCCGUCUUGUGACAACGACAAUGUCAAUUGUACCUUUCGGUGUCCAGAAGGAUUUAACAUAUCCACCUUACUAUUCUGUGAUAGUGUCAACGAUUGUGGGGAUCAUUCAGAUGAACAACAAAAUUGCGCUUGUGACCACGAGAAUCUUCACUUAUGUGGGAGCGGGGAGUGUAUCUACGAUUACAAUGUAUGUGAUGGCGUAUCGCAGUGUAGUAACGGCACCGAUGAGGAAAAUUGUGUUUGUCAGAGUUGGCAGGUGAUUUGUCCGAACAAUAACACAUGUAUGCCCUGGUGGAUAAGAUGUGACGGUGUCGACGAUUGCGGUGAUAACAGUGAUGAACAGGAUUGUCCAGUGUGUCAUGAGAACGCAUAUGAUUGUGGCAAUCAUCAGUGUAUACCAGGUUCUUAUCGGUGCGAUGGACUCCCUGACUGCUAUGACGGGCAAGACGAGGAAAAUUGCCCACCACCGCAACCAUGUCAGGAGGGCGAGUUCCAGUGCGAGGACGGAGCGUGUCUGCGCCAGGCCCUGGUAUGUGACUACGUCGAACAAUGCGACUACGGUGAAGACGAAAAUGCAACACUCUGCGGCAGAGAUGAGGAAGACUGUUACCAGUGUGGAGACGGGUCUGAUUGUAUCCCUUGGGAUUGGAUAUGUGACGACGUAGCUGAUUGCGGUAAUGCAGAAGAUGAGGACGACUGUGGAGAAGAAGGGUGUCAGGAGGGGUAUUCUCCGUGCCCCGGCCGAUCCUGUAUUGCAAAUAAAUACCUCUGUAACGGAAUAACUGAUUGUCCAGGAGGAGUAGACGAGGUCAACUGUACAGCCACACCUCCAGAUCCAUGUGUAUCCAUCAAUGGCUCGGAAUACUUUGUGUGUGAUGGGAAAGAGGAUUGCCCCGGAGGAACAGAUGAAUCACGACCUGAGUGCAAUUGCGGAACCAUUCCUUUGUCUCAGUCGAGAAUCAUCGGUGGUCGGGAUUCGGUAAAGGGAAACUGGCCAAUGCAAAUCUUAAUCAGCCCUGAGAAUACGUCGGCCAAUCUCUUUUGCGGAGGCACUCUUCUCAACCGUCGUUGGGUACUGACUGCUGCUCACUGUGUGUUACCAAAUACGGUUGGAAACUACUACGUUGUCGCAGGUGUGACGGAUGUGAAUGAAGACAACUCUACCUGGCAGUUCAGGCUCAUCGCUGACGCCGUAUGCAAUCCCGAGUACGCCUUCGAAGGUAACUUUGUUGAGAAUGACAACUGUCUCUUGCUCAUGGAUGAACCCUUUGAGUUCAAUGACUACGUGCAGCCAGCCUGCUUACCUGGCUCCAACUUUACCCUCGAUCGUUACGCCACCGCCGUGGGAUGGGGACAAACAGGGGGAGGAUACCCAGCUCCUAAUCUUCAGGUGGUCCGCCUACCCGUGUGGCCAGACGCCAUUUGUGACAGAUAUAGUUACAUCGGCAGUGAUGAUGCUGAAAGAAUAAUCUGCCUCGGUUAUGAGAAGGGAGGCCAUGGAUUAUGCUAUGGCGACUCUGGUGGAUCUAUUCUUAUGGAGAGGGAUAAUCUCUGGUAUGUCGUCGGGACUGUGUCGGGCGGGAGUGAAUGCGCUGCUCCGUUCACACCCAGCUUAUGCAUGAAAAAUUCCUACUAUUACCAAUUCUUUAAUGACACCAUAAACAAUGUCUACUAUGACUAUUAAUGAAGAACAUAUCAUAGAGAGAGCGAUUUAUGAUGACAGUUGAUGGUUGGUUUAGUAGCAAAUCUGUCAAUGUCUACUUUUAUUGUCUUCUUCUUUUUUUUUUAUAACAACCAUUGUUUCCUUUGGGUCUUUUUAAACAUUUAUUCAUUCAUAAAAAAAAUUAUCAAUAUGUUGGGUAAUUUUAUUUAUCACAUGAAAAGAAGUAGUAAGACAAUAAUAUUCUAUUAGAUUGACGAUGUAAUUUCUUAUCAACGGAGUAAUCAAUUUUUCUGUAUAGUCAGACGUACGGUAAUAACAACCCUCUUGCAAGUUCCGACAUGCAUCAAAUUCAAACCUUUUUGAGAGACUAAGUGAUUCGAAAGAAUAUAUUCAAGUACUUGUAGUCGUGCACUAGUAGUCUGCAGAAAGUUUGAAAAAAAUGAUAGUGUUCUUUUAUUGUUUGCUCAUGAACCUUUAAUAACACUGUCAUUUUGUUUUCUCUAUGCAUGAACGGAUUUUAUAUCCUUAUAGAAUAUGAACUGAAAUAAAGACCCUCGUCAUCACACACAAAAUGUAGAAUAUCCCACUCACCAUAGACCUACUAAUGGUAGCAUCAUACUUUGAAUCAUUCAGAAUACAAAUGGCAUAUGUUGUUUGUUGAUAUCCUUUUAAUAAUCGAUGCAAGUUUGAAAUCUGUUUCUUUAUAUACUUGCCAAAUAUCAUAUUACGUUGGUGUAUGAAUAGUAAAAUGCUAAAUUUUUAUCGUUAAGUGUUUAUCCCUCAUUUGGUGAGGUCCAUAUUCUGAUUGUGUAUAAUAUGAGGAAGAAUAGAAAAGUUUAUGAAAUCUAUUGAAUGUCAUAUACCUUUAUAUUUUUCGUACAAACAGUAGUGAGUAACAAAUCCCGGUGACAUUUUGGGGGUAUUGAGGUUAGUUGCGAUGUAAUUUUCGUGAGGUGAAAGGGAAAAAAGUUUAAAAUAUCACAAUGUUGAUUGCAUUAUGUCACAUUCAUAUUCAUAUCACUGUGCUGUAGAUUUAAACGUCUUAGUAAUCCCCGAUCGGAGUAUAUUCAUGUUUGAAAUCAAUGGCAUUAAACGGAUAUGAAUAGUCUGCAGACACAGACCCGUGGCGUUCGCAAUUCUUAUAAUGCAUGAUGCAGUCUGAAGUAGUGAGACUAGAUUCACUGUGUACUGUGGCUGGCUCUUUACAGUACACAGCCCGAGAGUUCACGUCUCAAUUAUAGUCUUCACUGUAGACAUGGUGGUUAAAGUGUCAAGUGUGGGUCUGUGCUUGCAGACUAGGAUAUGAAAGUGGAUACUUGAGAGAGUCUAUCAGCAAAGGUAAGAUUAUUUGCUGAUAUGAAUUAAUUUAUCCACGACAAUAUGGGUGUCGAUCGGUAUUCAUUAUUGAGGGGAAUCCUGAUUACAGGGGGGGGGGG